AUGCCUGAAGAACCCUCAGCGUCAACCUCAAGCGGUAAAAUGGGCAAAAAGCCUGUUACGAUCAUCACAAUCGGCAUGGCAGGCGCAGGGAAGUCGACCUUCGUCUCGCGGCUGAACUCUUACCUGCAUUCCCUGAACCCGCCCUCACCACCGUACAUCCUUAAUCUCGAUCCCGCCGUCACAUAUGUGCCGUACGACCCGAACAUUGACAUUAGAGAUACUGUCAACUAUCAGGAGGUUAUGAAGCAAUACAAUCUAGGUCCCAAUGGCGGGAUCCUGACUGCGCUCAACCUUUUCACGACCAAGUUCGAUCAGGUGUUGGACCUUGUGGAGAAGAGAGCGGAAACCGUUGAUUAUGUGAUCCUUGACACACCAGGCCAAAUCGAGAUCUUCACCUGGUCAGCUUCUGGUGCUAUUAUCACAGACGCUGUAGCGUCGUCACUGCCGACGGUCGUUGCGUACAUCAUCGACACUCCACGGACAACGGCACCAGCGACGUUUAUGUCCAACAUGCUAUAUGCGUGCAGCAUCCUCUAUAAAACGAAGCUGCCCUUCAUCCUCGUCUUCAACAAGACGGAUGCUCAGCCGCACGACUUCGCCCUGGAGUGGAUGUCGGAUUUCGAGGAGUUCCAAGCGGCUCUGGCAACACAUGGAGGGACGAGAGACUCGGAAGGCGAGCCGACGUAUAUGAACAGUCUUAUGAACAGCAUGAGCUUGGUGUUGGAUGAAUUUUAUAAGAACCUGAAGGCUGUUGGCGUCUCUAGCUUGACGGGAGAUGGAUUCAAGCAAUUCCUAGAAGCCGUUGAAAACUCUCGAGAAGAGUAUGAAAAGGAAUAUCUGCCCGAGCUUGAACGUGCCCGAGCAGAAAAAGCGAAGACAUUACAAGCAGCCAAGGAGGACUCCAUGAAUCGUUUGAUGAAGGACCUGGCGGUCGAUCGCGCGCGGAAUCCUGCCGGCGCACUCGCCGACCACUGGGAUCCAGAAGAGGAAGAGGAUGAUGACGACGACGACGAGUUCAGUAUUGUUGACCGAUCGGAAGAGAGAGGUCCUGACGAAUACAUUGACCUAACACGAGCCGGGCGACACGACGCAGAGAACAUAUCUUGGCCGAGACCGAGUUAG